ACGCCGCGCAGUGAUGCAGAGCCAUGUGCGCCAAUGUGUACCACACUUUGGAGGAGAGCAGUGCUUGUUUUGGUUCCUCGUCUGCUCUAGUUUCUGUACACUGGGAGAUGUGUUUCAGAUUUUAGAAGAUGUACCUUCAGUGAAGCAGCCUGUUGAGUCUUUAAUUUAGGGACGGAAAGUCAUCGCAUCAGGUCUGGCUCUGGUUUGCUGGACAUACAUUGAGAUUCUGCUUGAUGGCAUUUACGAGCUCAUAGAUGAAAACAAGAAGGAACAGAAGUAAUGCGAGAAAAACAGCAAGUAAAUACGUCCCAAACAGAGCCGGAGAGAGCAAAACCAGCUAAAACUGGAUCGAAAAGGAAACAAGAGGCUGAAAAGAGUGAGGGAGUGAGGGAGAGGAUGAAGAGAGGAAGCAUCUUGUCCAGCAAAAGUUUAGAGAUGAGUGAAAAAAAAACACAUCCAGUGGCCGCACCGGAUGGUGGAUGGGGCUGGAUGAUCGUGGCCGGAUGUUUCCUAACCACUGUUUGCACACGUGCAGUCACUAGGUGCGUUUCCAUCUUUUUUGUGGAAUUCCAGUCAUACUUUUCCAGAGAUUAUUCUGCAACUGCAUGGAUACACUCUCUGCUGGACUGCACUACAAUGUUGUGUGCUCCAUUGGGUAGUUAUAUCGGGAAUCGCCUCUCUUCUCGUAUAGCUAUCAUGAUAGGUGGGCUUCUGUCCUCUGCUGGUCUGCUGCUCAGCUCACUGGCCACCAGCGUGGAGUUCCUGUAUCUCACACUGGGUGUUCUUACAGGUGUGGGAUUUGCUCUCAGCUACACCCCUGCAAUUGCCAUGGUGGGUUCUUACUUCAGCGAGAAAAAAGCACUGGCUUACGGGAUCGCCAUGUCAGGCAGUGGCAUCGGAACCUUCAUACUAGCACCCGCUGUCCAACUCCUCAUUGAGUUCUUCUCCUGGAGGGGCGCGCUGCUCAUUCUGGGGGGUUUGGUGUCCCACCUGUGUGUCUGUGGAGCCCUUAUGAGGCCUUUGGAAGGCCAAAGAGGCAGGCAGAAAGAGAUGGAUUUGGAGGGUGGCAAAAAGGUUGAUUUCCUAAAUGUGAAACUUGCUGAUGCAGUGUAUAAUAUCGAGGUGAGUGCACAGGAACAGAAAUCAGUGGAGGUAAAACAUAUGGAUAAAAGAGAGAAUAAUGAACAUGCUGAGAAUACGCAGAGCGAUGGAAAACAACGGAUGGAGGCAGGUGAGUCAAAGCCCUCUGAUGCAAAGCAAACACACUCCGAUGUGGAAAUAAACCUUAGACAGGAUCUAGCAGAAGACUCAGUGACUGUGAGCAGAAACACAGAUGAAUGGGACAAAGAAUCAAAACCAAAGUGCUCAGAGACAGAUAUGUCUUUGGACUGUUUGCCCACCAACCAGGAGAGCACAGCUAUCCCAGAAUCAAAAUCAGAAGCAAACACAAACCACAAUACUUUGGCACAGUCAAAAGUGGCAAACACAAAAUUACUGAAGGAGUCCCGAGACAAUGUAUGGUCUAUCAUAAGGAAAACAGUAUUGAGAGAAUAUUCAUUCCUGUUGAUACCAGACUUCUUGUUGCUGUUGGUGUCCUUCCUGUUCCUUGCAUAUGGCUGCAGUGUGCCAUUUGUGUAUCUUGUGCCAUAUUCCCUGAGUGCAGGCGUCAGCCCUCAACAGGCAGCAUUACUCAUGUCCAUACUUGGAGUGUCAGGGAUUGUCGGUACUAUCACUUUUGGAUGGAUUGCAGAUAGAAAGUGUUUGAGGCCAUAUAGAGUGGUGAGUUACAUGCUGGCUGUGGGGUCAGAAGGUCUGAGUUGUCUCUUUCUGCCUCUGCUGAAUGGUUUUUCCCUGCUCGUCCCAUUUUCUCUCAUCUACGGCUACUUUGAUGGAGCCUACGUGGCACUUAUUCCUGUGGUGACCUCUGACACUGUCAGCUCCACCCACUUGACCUCAGCUCUGGGAGUUGUUUACUUUCUUCAUGCCAUCCCCUACCUCAUCAGCCCACCUAUUGGAGGUUGGCUAGUGGAUCAGACAGGCUCCUACACGGCUACUUUCUUCCUCAGUGGAGUCGCUCUGAUCUGCAGUGCUGUGAUUCUGGCUGCUGUGAGAGUUAUCAUCCGCUGCACUAGAGGGAGCUCUUGCUUAAACUGACUCACAACCAGGUACACAGGAGAGUUCUAUAGCAGUAGAAAAGUACAGCAACAUUUCUGUCAAGAAACAGUUAGAUGGUUUGCCACAAAUACAAGCUCUUCUAUAGCAUUAAUGGACACAGAACUGACCAAAAGAACACACUGCUGUACUGCCGAAAAACAGGAUUUGUGUUCCAGCUGGUUAAAGCCUUUGGUGAUUUUACUAGUGAGUUACUAGUCAAAUGCUCCAAAUAUUUGAAUGUUUGAAUAUUUGAUACUUUUUGUUAUUUUUAUGUGCGUCUCUCUCUGCUUUGUACACUGCUUCAUUCACAGCUCAGUAUUUUUAUAAUGUACACUACCGUUCAGAAGUUUGGGGUCUGUAAGAUUUAAUGUAAGAGAAUGCUCAGUAAAGGUGCAUUUAUUUUAUUAAAAAAUCCUGUAAAAACAGCAGUUUAUUACAAAUAUCGAAGUGUUAUUUCAAUUUAAUUUUUUGAAAUAUACAUUAAAAUGUAAUUUUUUUUUCCUGUGAUGGCAAAACUGAAUGUUCAGCAUCAUUAUUCCAGUCUUCAGUGUCACAUGAUCCUUCAGAAGUCAUUCUAAUAUGCUAAUAUUGGUGCUUAUUAUUAUUAUUAUUGGCGUUUCUUAUUAUCAGUGUUAAAAACAGUGUAGUACAGAAUAUUGACUUUACGUCACUUUUGAUCACUACUUUCACAAUAGUCACUUUUGAUCAGUUUAAUGUGCUUACUGACCCCAAAAUUUUGAAAAGAAGUGUAUACAAUACACCACUGUCAACCUCACUGUCCUAAAAACAUAAUCAAAUAUCAUGCUUUUUAGUGUCAUAAAUUUGUUACUCAUUUUGGUACUGCAGUCAAUAUGGUAGCUCACGGCUCAGAUGGAAUCAGCUCCACAUUUUGUAUUUUAAAUGUUUUGAAUUCUACGUUUAUAAAUCUGGCAAAAUGCAAUGUUUUUCUUUUCUAAUUAUGCAUCUACAAAGCUUUCUUUGGAGUUGGAUAUUAUGUGUGAGCCAUUCAGAGAAUGCCUUUGUGAAUAGACUUUAUGGAUGAAAAACAUGGCUAAAUUAUUGCCAGGGAAACAAGAAUAAUAUGAGAUGCUAUAUGUAAACAGUAUCAGAUCACCUGUAUUUCAUAAAAAGGUCAUGGACAAUAUUGUGCCUUUGAAAAGAAUUAUGGGUAUUCAACAAGAAGAGAAACAAAUUACAGCAAUCUUUUGAUUUACAUUUUUAGAAAGUACAUCAACUACCUUGUGACUCUGAACAAUACAAUUUGUUUGUGUGCGA